AUGGAGCGUGCGCGGAGAGGCCUCGGGCGGCUGCGUCUGUGGCUGCUAGUGGGGCUGCUAGCAGCAGCAGCUGCUGCAGCAACAGCAGCAGCAGCAGCAGAAGACCCUGCAAAGGACAGCAGCAAAAAGGACUUCACUAUUCCCGCUGCAGCUACUUAUGAUGAAGAUGUUGAAGCAACAGAGCCGCUGGCCAUCCGCGAAGCUGAGCAGCAAACGCAGCAGCAGGAGGAGCAGCAGCACAACCAGCAGCAGCAGGAAGAGGGGCGGCGGCAGCAGCAGGGGCUGCAGCAGCAGCCAGAGAAGCAGAAAGCAGUGAGUGAGCACAGCAGCAGCAGCGAGGACUACGACAGCAGCGAGGAGCACAGCAGCAGCAGCAGCAGCAACCCCACUGAGAGCAGCGACGUCAGCAGCAGCAGCACCAGAGGCAGCGAGACACUGGCAGCAGCAGCAGCAGCAGAGACAGCCACAGCAGCAGCAGCAGCAGAGACAGCGACAGCACCGACAGCUACAGCAGCGACAGCUACAGCAGCGAAGGCAGCAGCAGCGACACCACUCACACCAGCGACAGCUACAGUAGCAUCAGCAGCAGCAGCAGCAGCGGCAGCAGCAGCAGCAGCAGGGCACAAAGGCUUGGCUUUGAAGGAGACAAAUGCAUCAUUUUUGCUGCUGAGGAAGGAGACCCAGACAGCCGCGGGGAGCGAAGAGAGCCCAGCAGCAGCAGCAGCAGCAGCAGCAGCAGCAGCAAAAAAAGCCCCCGCGUGGCUACGGGCUCUUUGCGAUAAUUCCGAAUAUGGAUUUAAAGGAAAAGGAAUUUAUUUGGACUACGAGGUGUACGUACACUGCAGCAGCGCAGCAAACGCCUCAGCCCCUUCUUUCGAAAUCAAAUACGACCCCGGGAGCUUCAUAUCCGCUGCUGAACUCGAAAGGCUGCGAGCAGCAGAUCCUUCUGCUGCUGCUCGCAGCUGCCACGCAGCAGAUUUCUACCUUUGCCGCCCGCUGCCCAACCCAGACACACCCGUAAACCCUAAACCCUAA